UAAAAUUAUUUUCUAUGAUUUUAUUUUUUGAUUAGAGUCGAAGUCAGGAUUCAGCGACGAUUUAGCGACUUGAAAUAUGAAGUUGACAACAUAAAACAAAUAAGCAUUCUGCUCCGUGGACGGGUUUUGAUUGCAAUCAAGGUCUGAUGGCGUUAAGCUGCAGAGGUGUAUUUAUUGUUGGAGCAAAGAGAACGCCUUUUUGUAGUUAUGGAGGACCUUACAGAGAUUUACCAGCCUCACAUAUUUUCGCUGAAGCGGCAAAAGAUGCAAUACAUUCUGCCAAUUUAAAAGCGGAGACAAUUGAUAAUACAGUAGUCGGGAAUGUUAACUUUCUUAGUCAAUGCGAUGGCGGAAAGACUCCCAGGUACUGUGGAACUUAUUCGGGAGUUUCAUUAGACAGACCAGCGUUAGGAGUCAGCAAGGCUUGUGGUUCGGGAUUACAGUCAAUUAUCACUGGUAGUAUAGAUAUUUUAACAGGUUCAUCCAAGAUAAGUUUGGUGGGUGGCACUGAACUUAUGUCAUCUCUGCCAAUGUUGGUCCGCAAUGUAAGGUUUGGGACCACGCUCGGCGUCAAAUAUCAAAUGGAAGAUCAUAUUAAGAAACAAAUAAUCGACAGCUACUGUGGUCUAAGUAUGGAGCACAUAGCUGAGGUAGUAACAAAGAAAUAUAAAUUAUCAAGAGACGAAGUGGAUCAGUACGCAUUGCAGAGCCAUUUAAAGUGGAAAUUUGCUCAUGAAUCAAAAGGGUUUAAAGAUGAAAUCACACCGAUAAAUGUAAAGACGAAAAAAGAAAUCGUAAUAAACACGGAUCAAAUACCUCGAAUUGAGUUAACCGCGCAAGACUUGUUAGUUCUGCCGCCAAUUGUAGACGACGGAUUUAUAGUUACAACUGGCAACUCUGCGGUACCUGCUGAUGGUGCUGCAGCAUUGGUAUUAUCCGAUCAAGAAUCCGUAAGCCAUCAUCAACUGACACCAUUAGCGAGGAUAACAGGUUGGGCGUGCGUUGGCGUGGAUCCUGCUCAAGCAUGUUUAGGCGCCAUUCCUGCCAUUCAGAAGUUACUUGCCGUCACAAAUAAGAAGAUACACGAAGUUGAAAUAUUUGAGAUAAAUGAGACCACAGCGAUACACGCAUUAGCUACAAUCAAAGAAUUGAAAAUAGACCCGAGUAGGGUCAAUGUGAGCGGCGGGGCUUUGGCGCUGGGACAUCCUGUUGCUGCUACCGGCGCCAGGAUGGCCACACACUUGGUGCACCAGAUACGGAAAGGGAAUUGUAAGACAGCAGUGGCUGCCUCCAGCUGCGGUGGUGGACAAGGAAUUGCUCUUAUGUUGGAAGCAGUUUAAUCUAUUUU